ACAAAAAAUAAAGGAGGAAAAAAAAGAAAGGAGGCCGGACCCGACACAAAACAUAACGCACACGGAUAGCUGUAGAGGGUCCAUUAAUGGACAUAUAAAAUAAACAGCGAGCAAAUACGCUUGUUCACGGAAUUUAAUCCCUUUGAGAGCAGGUCAUGCUGUUCUCGCAAAGGUAAUGAGCCGUAAAGCCCUUGGGUUUCGGCUUAGCAGCGCCCACAAACUGCAGCGAAACUGGAAUGAUUGGCAGCCCAGAGGCGAUAGCGUGUCAGCAGCUAGCCAGGACGGUGUGAAGUGCAUCGCCACCAGAGACCUGGGUCCAGCUGCAGCAGCUGUAUACGACCCAACAGCAGUGGGAGUAGCAACCUCGGACCGGCCUGUCUCCCCACCUCUCCUACAGAAUGAUGCCUUCCCAGACACCGCAGACACACUGGACGAAGGGGGAGGAUAUGAAGCUGCAGGAGGGUUCAGUGAUGAUACUUUUGGUUGGAAGUCGUUGGGGCAAGAGUUGAGGAUCAACGAUGCGACCGCCGAUUUGACCACUUUUCAGCAGCAUGGAAACCGUGCUUUAGCUUCUAAGGACAUGAGGAAAUCCCACGACAGAGGGAUGUCUCACUCUGAUGAGUCUCGCCUGUCCAACCUCCUGCGCCGUGUGUCCCGCGAGGAGGACAGGGACCGCCGGCUGGCCACUGUCAGACAGCUCCGGGAGUUCAUCACUCACUCUGACAACAAAGUGGCCCUGGUGAAACAGUUGGAUACGAUCCUCAGUACCCUGAAUGAUAUUUUGAAUGAAAGCAGUAAGCUGCUGUCAGAGCUACGUCAGGAAGCGGCGGUAUGCCUGGGUCUCCUGUGCACCGCUCUGAGCUAUGAAACAGAGCGCAUCUUCAAGUGGAUGUUUGUCAAGUUCAGCUCCAGCACCCGGGAUGAGGUCAGGCUGCUGUACCUGGUGGCAGCGUACCGAGCCCUGGAGGCAGCCGGAGAGAGGAAGGCCUUCUCACCUGUCAUGCAGCUGGUGAUGAGUAGCCUGCAGUCCAUCCUGGAGAAUCUGGACACGCCGGAGCUGCUGUGUCAGAGCGUCCGCUGCAUCCUGCAGGUGGCCCGCUGCUACCCACACGUCUUCAGCACCAACUUCAGAGAUACGGUGGAUAUCUUGGUGGGCUGGCACAUUGACCACACACAGAAACAGUCUCUGACUCAGCAGGUCUCAGGCUGGCUGCAGAGCCUGGAACAGUUCUGGGUAGCAGACCUAACCUUCUCCACCACGCUGUUGGGACAGUUUCUAGAGGACAUGGAGGCCUACGCAGAGGUUUUGAACCGGGUUUUGGCGUGCGUGUCGACGGCCAAGCAGGUGUUGUUCUCUGAGCCGGUGUUGACGGCGGGGAACGAGUGUGUGUGUGUCCUGCUGGUGAGCUUGGAGCCGUCCGCACAGCUGACCGACGCCGUCAUCACCUACGGUCUGGACCAGCUGGAUGCCUGCCGGGCCUGUGGCCCAGAGUACAGCCUGGCCGUCCUCAGCCUCAUCACGUUGAUUGUGGACCAGAUCAACACUAAGCUCCCAGCGUGGUUUGUGGAGAAGCUGCUGGCUCCAACAUCACAGCUCCUGGAGCUACGCUUCAACAGGGACAGAGAGGUGGGUGUGUUUGUCAGGGAUGUGACAAAUGGAAACAGUUCUUGA